GGGACUCAAGGUGAGACUCCCCUCCAAAAUCCCCACUGGUUUUGCGUGUAAGGAAUGAAUGUUGGGAAUCUGAAGUCUCUGGGGAGCAGGAAUGUGUAGAAUGAAUUCAAUAGUUCUACUACAUUCUAAUUUUGAUGGAUGGAAAGAUUGGUUGAAACUGCUAGCUCUUGGGCUGAAACUGUUGGCACUACAUGGAAUUUACAGCUGAGGGUUGCGUCGUCGUUGGAGCGGGUGGCGCCAAGAUGGCAGCCGCGGACGUUUUCAUGGCCUAUGCUUCUCGCGACGUCUUCAUGGCGCGGCUCAGGCUUGCGAUUAAACUGGGGCCAAUGUAUUGGGUGUACGAACUCGGCAAGUGGGUGUACAAGCUGAUGGGAUACCCAGUGGAUGUGGGGGGCGCCUGGUACUGGGAUCGAGUCAUACGAAAUGUUCUCGAGCAGGACGAUGGUACCUGUUCGAUCUGCGGCACCCUGGUCUGCCUGGAGGCCCGUCACCGAUUGGAUUUUGAGAGGCGACACGGAUUCAAAACUUUUCCUUACAGCAUCUCAGCCCAAACGGCGCAAGACUUGAAGAAUCUCUGCGUGGAGCGCCGCGUGUGGACCCCUAGAUGUGGUGCGAAUAAGGAGAGAGUAUUGCAGGUGAUCCAGCAGGCUGGAGGGUCUGCAGUGCCUGGCGUGCCUGGUUGGAAGCCCUGCAGACUCCAGGUGAAGAGGUGGAAGGUCCACAAGAACACUGGCCGGCACCCAAUUUCAGAGGACAAAAUAGCAAAAUUGAUCCGCACGGAGGGGCCACUUUUGGGAGGAAUUAUUGUGGAUGAUGACUACAAUGCUCCAGGGCCGGAGGAUCGGGUGUAUCGAGGAAUCCCAAGAGGAUAUAGAGGUGGAGGUCGUCACUGUGUGGUAUGUGCAGGAUACCGCUUCUGGCCCAAGCCGACUGCCCAGCCUCACCAGGGGCGCCGGCGGCACCAGCCCCGGCACGACAGGUCCGACACCCGCCCGCACGACCAGACCGAGACCCACGAGCUCCACGUUUUGGUGGUUGAUAACCAAGUCGGCGUAGCAGAGAGCUGGAUUCUGGGCAAGGCCUUCUCUAACUUCGUCGAGGUUCACGUGGAGCCACUGGACGCGACGGAGCUCCGGGCAAAGUUUAAUUUCCUGUACCAAAGACUUACUGCAAGAUUAACUAUAGCAUUGCUGCUCAGACAGUCCUACGCCGACUGCAUCUGCUGCCUCCUCAAACGCUACAACGCCAACAGCCCGGGCGCCGAGUAUCCCACGGAGUCCGCUACAGAGGUGAAGGCCGCCUGUGUUAUGAAUAGUUACCGUUAG